GACUGGCUCAGCGCUAGAGACACGUGAAUUCCUCUGUAAACACGAUGAUGUGACAACGAGAUAGACAAUCGGACGAGCGGGUAAAAGAGAUCGCAGGAAGAGAGAUCGUAAUUCUUUUAUGGAUCAUUGAUCGGUUUGAGAAGUCCUCAAUGCCGCUCGGUAACAAGCCGGAAUGCACCAAAUGUGGGACCCGCGAGACUCCUCUGUGGCACUCGACCGACUCCGGUAACCUAUGCAAUGCCUGCUUGGAAGACGAACGCAAUGUCGAGGCGAGCACGUCUUCCAAGACGGACGAAGAGGACAGAAGUGGCUCGCUGAAGCCCAGAAGAAGCACAAGGAUCACGAGAUACUGCAAUUCGAAGGCGACGGGACCGCACAGAGUUGUGCCCAAAGGCAAGGGCCGUAGAAAUCUAUUUAAGAAAACGCCAGUUAAGGCACCUACAGCCACAGCGACUCCAGUUACUAGCAACUUUGUAUUUUACAAAGGCACGUAUUUUCAAGUCGGAGAUAUAGUCUCUAUGCAGGAUGUAGAUGGUGGUAUUUAUUACGCUCAGAUACGUGGCUUAUUGACGGACCAGUAUUGCGAGAAGAGUGCUGCUGUUACUUGGCUGUUACCUACUAUGGCAAGUCCCUCACCAGAAGAAGGCUUUAGUCCUGAGACAUACAUCAUCGGUCCAGAGGAAGAUUUACCUCGUAAAUUAGAAUGCAUGGAAUUUGUAAUGCAUGCUCCAUCGGAUUAUUUUAAACUAAAGAACACUCCCUAUCCACCACCACUUACGGAAAAGGGAGUAGGCUAUAUAUGGACAACUCUUAGAAAUGAACUGGCCUUGUCUAAAAAGUAAUAAUAAUUCUUCUAUGAAUCAUAUUGUUAAUAUCGCUUUAAAAUUAACACUAUUAAGAUACUUUCUAUGUACAAAUUUUUGUAGCUUUUUUAGUAUUUUUUUUAAACAACUUAUUUAAAUAAAAAAUAAUUGUAUUAUAUAGGAACCAUAGAAGUUAUCUGAUUUGGCAUGACAUAAAUAUAUGUUGAAUGUAUAUAUUGUUA